UAGUUAUAUGUGAUCUCUGUCAUCUGUGUGAUGACGGGUUUGUUUGUCGUUCUUUGUCGUGCAGGUGAAAUAGCCAUAAGUGUUUAUUUGUUUCUAAUUUUGGUGGUAACUACGAGACAUACUUGGCACUCGUUUUAUACGUAACCUUUUUGGGCGAAAUAAAGUUCUUUGGUGUUACAGACAGCAAUGAACUCUAAAAGAAGUUACCUGCACAACAUGGUGGGAAAGGUGAUAGAACUGUAUUUUCCAUACAGAGCUGUUGUGGCUUUCAAGUACAAAGACAAGCAAGAGAGGGCUCUGCUGAAAGCUGACAAACUUAUUGUGGAUGGUCAGAAUGUUGGUAUGGGUAAAACAAUAGAUGGUUAUCUUCAAGAAGGUUCCACAGUCAAGUUUUCAUGUCAUGGGUUCGAUGAGUCUGGUCAAGACCGGUGUGGGUACUUUGUGACAAUGGCAUGGAUCCAGGAUCUUGACCUCUGCAGUCCCAUGACUGGUGCCAAUACCAAAGGCUUCCUUGGUAUCAACAAUGCAUCUGGAAUUGUCUCAGAGGUCUUCCAUAGACAAGGAGUCAUCACAUACAUUGAUGGUGAUGAACAAGAACACAGGGUCUUAUUCCUGGCAAGUAAGCUAUUCCUGUCUGGGAAGCGUAUGAGCUCAAAGCAGAACCUGCAGAUGAGACUGGAUGUAGAAGACAAGGUGCAGUUUGAUGCUGUGCCCUGUGAACAGUUGGAAAAUGACAGCUCUUGUUCCUGGUUUGCCACGGUUGUAUGGAAGGGCACGAAACCUUACACUGACUAUGAUGAGCCAGUCAGUUUACUUGAAGAGCCUUGGGAUCUUAUGGCAGAAAUCAAGCACCUAUCAAAUAAUCCCAAGUCAUUAUUUAUUCGAGGUCAGGGGCAGAUUCUGCAGAUAUUGAACGGGGAGUUUGGUGUAGCAUUGGCUGCCAUGAAACCAAACAGCUGGGAGAGCAUCCUGUUCCAUCGCAGUGCCUGCUUUCUUUUCAAGCUAAAUUUAGCAUCACAUGAUCUUACUAAAAUCUUUAAAGAAGGUGACCGGAUUCGGUUUAUUGCUGUAAGAGCCUCAAAACACCUUAUUACACAGUGGGUUGCAUCUCAGAUUUCUGUGUUUGUAAGCAAUGAGCUGGAUUAUAAUCUUUAAUCCAUCUUGAAAGCAAGUACUAGAAAGUGGAGGGAACUCUGUGAUGCUAAUAUAACUGCUUGUUACUGUUGUCGUCUGUUGUCCACUACUCUAUUUUGUGCAACUGAGGCUUCAAUGUUAAGAUGUCAAAGUGUGAUGCAAAUUGUUCUGUACCUUAUAUAUAAGUUGAAUUAUAAUUCUUUUCAAAGAUUA